AAACGAAACAUGGCGUCCGUUAGGUUAUUACUAUGAGUGCUGGUUCGUUUUCUAUCAUUAAAUGUGGAAUCAUCGUGCGUUUUGCGGGCUGACGCAAAGCGUCGUGUCCUCGGAGAGGCAAACACGUCGCUUUCAACCCUGCAUGUCUCUCGUACAUUAUUCCUAGUGCCGAUUCAAUGAAAAGAAUCGGCCUUACCAAUAGUGGCUUGUGGGUAUACACACCCCGACGCGAGACUCCAAAGUGGUUUUAUGGCAUAUCGAGCUUUUUUCUACUCUCCUAAAAUUUUUUCUCCACUACUCUACAUAAGAGUAUGGUCGACGAAAAUUUACAAGAUCUUCGUCGCUUUAUUGCCGGACUCACGAAUCAAAAUGCCGGUCACCGUUAAAGUGUUUUUAUGCAAGGGGUGUUAGUGAUCACCUCUUCUCAUCUUGUUUUUCUUGUAAAAUUUGUGCGUAAAAUUAAAUUAUUGUCAAAAUAUUUCAUAAUUGGUUUACACUCGUGUAUUGAUUAUGUUUGAAGAAGAAACGUGUGUUAAAUGAACAUGAAUUGUGUAAGGAUGUGUACAGUGUUGAAAAAAUAAUGCAAGGUGUAUAUUAAACUUUCACCACUUCUUAUAUAUGUUUGUUUAGUUUAUUUGAGACAAACUAACAAUACAUUUAAAGUGUUCUAUGUUAUUUGUGAUUCUAUUAAUAGAAUAUUACGCUAAGGUUACAAAACAAGAGGGUGUAAUUUCCAAAAAGUGGAAGACUAAGAAGAGUGUGAGGCCAUAUGCCGCCAGCCGGGCUAUCGGCAAGAGGCUUGUCUACCUUGAUGGACCACGGACAACCAGAUGCUCGUCAUCGGAGCGAGCGAUUUCUACUUCAUCCAGAGAAUGGAUCCUCUAAUUCUCAUAGUCCUAACACAGCCAACUCAUCUCCACGAUAUCAACAUAAUAGUAGAACAAAUAAUCAUUCCACAAGUUACGGAUAUUUAUAUGGGCGUACAUCUAGCAACAAUAUGUCUGAUAGCAGUGUUUCUGAUACACAUAGUGGUGGUACAGCAAGAACUGUUUCUCAACAGACUAGUCCAUCUCAUGGUACACAUUCCUCUUCCCAGUCGAGGCAAGACAAUAGUUCAACAAUUUUCACAGCAUUAUUUGAUUAUGUUGCCCAAGGCGAAGAUGAAUUAUCUUUACAAAGAGGUGAAACAGUUGAGGUCUUAUCUAAGGACUCAAAAAUCUCAGGUGAUGAAGGAUGGUGGACUGGAAAAAUCCAUGGAAAGGUUGGUAUUUUUCCAGCCAAUUUUGUUGCAGAAGCAGAAAGUAUUGAUCGAGUUUCAUCGGUGAUUGAUAAAGUUCAACCGGUUGAAAUUGACUUUGAAGAAUUACAAUUAGAAGAAGUGAUAGGUGUUGGUGGAUUCGGAAAGGUUUAUAGAGGAUUUUGGCAGAAACAUGAAGUGGCUGUUAAAGCAGCCCGCCAAGAUCCAGAUGAAGAACCAAGUGUUACAUUAGAAAAUGUUCGACAAGAAGCUAAAUUAUUUUGGUUAUUGAAACAUGAAAAUAUUGUGCAAUUAGAAGGAGUUUGUUUAAAAAUGCCAAAUAUGUGUCUCGUAAUGGAAUAUGCACGAGGUGGUAGUCUGAACAGGGUUCUUAGUGGUAGAAAAAUCAGGCCUGACGUACUUGUUGAUUGGGCAAUACAAAUUGCUCGUGGCAUGGAUUACCUUCAUAAUAAAGCACCUAUAAGUCUUAUUCAUAGGGACCUAAAAAGUUCUAAUGUAUUAUUGAGCGAGCCUAUAGAAAAUGAUGAUCUACAAUAUAAAACUUUAAAAAUAACUGACUUUGGAUUAGCAAGGGAAGUUUAUAAAACAACUCGCAUGUCAGCAGCCGGCACAUAUGCUUGGAUGGCACCAGAGGUUAUUAAAAAGAGUACUUUCAGUAAAGCCAGUGAUGUUUGGAGUUAUGGCGUGCUUCUAUGGGAACUUCUAACUGGUGAAACACCUUAUAAAGGAAUAGAUGCUUUGGCAGUAGCAUAUGGCGUUGCAGUAAAUAAACUCACAUUGCCUAUUCCAUCAACUUGUCCUCAACCUUGGAGGUUUUUAAUGGAAGCUUGUUGGGCAUCUGACAGUCAUUCGAGACCAGGAUUUGCUGAAAUUUUAGUAGCAUUAGAUGAAGUGCGUAGUGCAUUUGCAGCUACACCACAUGAGUCAUUUCACACAAUGCAAGAAGACUGGAGGCUUGAGAUUGAACAAGUUCUUCAUGGAUUGCGCAUGAAGGAAAAGGAACUGCGCUGCAGGGAAGAAGAAUUAACAAAAGCACAAGUGCAACAACGACAACAUGAAGAAAACUUAAGGCAACGGGAACAAGAAUUAGCUGCCCGAGAAAUAGAUUUAUUAGAACGUGAACUUACUGUAAUGAUAAUUCAGCAACAAAAUACUCCUACACCAAACAAAAGACGCGGGAAAUUUAAGAAAUCGAGGUUAAAACUGAAUAAAAAGGAGCCAGGAAGCAAUAUAAGCGCUCCUUCUGAUUUUCGUCAUACAAUAACUGUUCAACAUACAGCGUUAGAUCGAGGAAAAGUACGAAAUCCAUCGAGACCUAAUAGUCCACCAGGCUCACCUAGUAUUCCACGACUUCGUGCAAUUGCAUUACCAGCAGAUGGAGUAAAGGGUAAGACUUGGGGACCAUCAACACUCCACCAACGCGAACGUGGGGCUAUUAUCACGCAACCACCAAAUCCUGCAUCUCCAGGUGGCAAACGGUGGUCUCGCUCUGCUCCAGAUCUUGAAAAGACACCCCUGCGUACCGCCCUGUUGGCACAUCGUUCCCCGCUUCUUCAAGAAAUAGGCCUUUCUGAGGAAAACAUCUAUCCCACUCAUUAUACAACCUUACCACCUGAUCUCUCAACUGACUGGAUAACAUCAGAUUAUCCUUUGAAGCCUGGGUUAACUGGACCUUACAUUAUGCCAAUGCCUGUACCAAUGCCAACUCUUUACAAUGGGGAAAUGAAGAAGCCAAAGUUAAGCAUAAUAGAACUGGUUUUAUACAAUAUCGCAGCUAUGUUAGCUGGAGUAGCUACUGGAUAUGAUGUAAGAAUGUCAAACAUAUCUCCAAUUCAUCCAAGAUUAUAUCCACGGCUUGGUGAAUGUGAAGAUGAACCUCCGCGGUGGUGGUUUCAAGCAGACACUGGAUCAAAUCGUAACUCUGGUUAUCUUGGACCUGAUUAUGAAUUUAGUUCAAGUAGUGGUUAUCCUCAUAAUACUUAUCAUGGACCAGCUAGACAUUACAGGCCAUUCUUAAGUAAUAUGGGUGCUAUAGCACCUGGUCUUCCACCCAGUGUGAUGCCUGACAAACCUCUAAGAUUCACUGAUUCACCACAACAUUAUGCAAGCAAUACAAGUUCUAAUGCUCCAACACCAAGUCCUAGAAGAAAAAGUAGCAGCACUAGUAAUGAAGAUGUGUACAUACAUGAUGCAGGAAGAGUUGAUCGGAUGGAAAGAGUACCAACAAUAUACAUGGGCAAUGUUGCUCCUUUUCCAGACUAUGGACCUCCAGUAUAUACAGUUGUUCCACCAGAAUAUUACAGAUCACCAGAACCAACAUAUUUUGUACCUACAGAUUAUCAUGAUAGAAUGCUUGAGUGUCCCGAAUUUCCACAUGCUUAUGAUAAUCCAAGCAGCAUAAAUAGUCCAGCUCGACCAGUUUCAAGACUUCCUUCGUAUACUCAUCAUCGUACUUCAUCAAAUGUCUCAAACGCGAGUACAUCGAGUCAAAGUAACAUUAAUCCAACAUUUCGUUUAGAAGAUGAGGAUGAUUAUUCUUUAUAUUCACCUGGACAUUAUUACCAACGAUCUUCAAAUAUUGUCUCAAAUGUUGGAACGUAUAGUCCUAGUAUGCUUAAUCAUGAAUAUGGUUCUCAAUUACUGACGCGUCAGAACUCGCACGAUUCAAAUUCAAAUUCUGGAGAAAGACCCAGUAAUUUAGAGGUAGUUAGUCGAUUACGGUCAAGUUUAAAACGAUCCAAUUACUCGUAUAAUUCUCCAAAUAAAAGCGUAAGUAAAAAUAAUUCCGGUUCGGGUACUCCAACAAAUCCUACUCCACCAGAUUCUUUAACAUCUGAGGAUUCAAGUUAUGUUUCAGCUAAGGAUAGUCAGAUCUCCAUAAGUAGGGUUCGAUUUUCUCCAGUAACAUUUGAUCGAGAUGGAGUUUCGCGUGAACAUAGAGAAACAUUACUUGAUAUUCCUGUACAUGGACAAAAUCAAGAUGCUACCAUACCCUUACAAGCUAAUCGACGAAUGAAUAGAAGUAGAAAACCAAGUAUUUCUGAAUUAGAAAGAGAAUUUUUGUCAUAGCAUUGGCUUAUUUAAAAUGAAAAAAAAUGAUAAAAAUUAGGGAUUCGAAAAGUUUUGUCAAUCUUGAAAGUAACACUUAAUUGCAAUCACACGAAUCAAACAGUUUAUGAUGCGGCAGAAAUUUAUCGAAUCAUAACUAGAAAAUACAGCGAUGCACGUUGUCAAAGCACUGCCUCCUGCAAAACAUUUUAUCAUGUAUUGGUCAUCAAAUACAGUAAGAAUGUAACAUUCCAUAUACUGAGACAUUCUUAUAAAAGACUCUUGUAUUCACUUAGACUAUUUUUAAUUUGAUAAAAAACUGAUAUGUCUCAUAUAUGUUUUGUAGAAAUAGUAUAAUUACCAAGAUGACAAUUUUUGCAUUGAUCAUUCUGUACUACACAAUGUUUUUAAAUCAUAUUUUAUGUAUUAUAAAUGUUUUAUUCAUACAUUCCGCACAUCCUGCAUCUGCUGUUAGCAUCUAGCAUACAAAUAUCAUAUAUAUUUCUAUUAUUUGCAUGAGUACUUGAAAAACUUUGGAAAAGGAUAAAUAUUUUAAUUCAAAUACUCUGAAAGAACGUAUAUAAAAUCAUAUAUACAUACUUGUUAUAUUAUACAGUUUAAAAUAUUAGCUCCUUUUUCAGAAUAUUAAAGAUUGAAUUCUAUACAUUUAUUUGUUUGUCUAAUACCACCUUAGAGAAAUGAGACUUUGUUGUUCCUUUAGUUCUACAACUGUCUGCUCAUAUUUAUUACAAAUAUUAAUGCUAAUCAUAAUUUACAUUCCAUCAAAAUUUUGUGACUGAAAAAGAUAGUUAAAUGUUGAAACUAAUUAUUACAUAACAAAAUGAAACAUAUAAUCAGGAAAACAUUGAUGAUUACUUAAUAGGAUUGUUUAUGAUUUUUUUAACAUUACUUUAUGACAAUAUAUGUAUGUAUAUUUGUAGAGUAAUUUUAUAUUGUGAGCAAUAGAUAAUAGUAACCUUUCCUAAAGUCACAGUGUUUUCCUGCAUAUGCUUAGGUAUGAAACAUAAGAAAUUCAUAAGAAUUAUAAUAGAUAUACGUUUUCUUUUGAUAUUAAAUUAUCAGGUCUCUUAUAUUAUUUUAUUAAUGUUUAAUCUUUAUACAAGUACCAUGGCACUAGAUACACGUGUGAAAAGUUUGUACAGUAGCAAUUUUAAUGCAUUUGUAAGCUACUAGAAUAAUAGGUUUAAUUUAGUAUGCCAUGUGCAGUUAAAACAAUACUUCUUUUAUAUAUGAAAACAGUAUGCAUUGAAACAAUUGGCAUACAUGUAGCAAAAUGUUUGACAUACUUAGUUCAUUUAUAUAGCCAUCUACUAUGUGAUAUACUUUCAAAAAGUUUAGAACAAGGACACUCCAUAUACAUAAUCACUAUUGUAUAUACAAGUAUACAUAUAUUGGACAGUUAUUGUUUGUUUAACAAUGUAAUAAUGAUCAAUACAUUCCUUUAUAUUGGUUUCAUUGUAUAAAGUAUGUGUAUGAGUGCCCUAGAAAUUAUUUUGUAUUUACUUAAAAUGCUAAUACAUAAUCAGAAUACUGAGAGUUAUGCAAAUUUAUUUCCUAUCUUUUUUCAAUCACUUGGAUAGAAAAUAGAAAGGAAAUUAAUUUAUGAAACUCUUUAUGAUGGUUUAUAUUUUUCAUUUUUAUAAUUGCUAAAACAAACAGAACUAAUCUUGAUUUUUAUGUGUGUAUGUGUUUAAUUUAUUGAUUCUAUACUAAAUAACAACUAACAUAUGAGUUAGAUUAAACUUACAAAAGCUAAUCAAAACUUAUUUACAUGUUGCGUAUGUUCUACGCUAUUUUAUGGUGAAUCAAAAUAAUUCUUUUUUUUUCUUUGACCUCCUAUGAAAUAUUAAAUAUGAGAAAAAAACAAAUCUUUAUUUCAAAACUUAUAUGUUUUUAUAAUGAUUUCCUGAGUAAUAAUCAGUAUUGUAGGAUAUAUCUCAAUAUAUAUAAAAUAUAGAAUUAAUGAAAGAGAAAAGGAUAAACUUUGAAGAAGUAUUUCCUGGUCAUUUUUAUCUUCUAAUUCAUUUCUUUGUAUAAAUAAUUUCUUUUAUCCACUUAAAAGUUUUUGUAUUGCUUCACUAAAAAAUUAUUUUCAAGAUAAAACCAACCGAGUAUUUAAAUGUUUUUGAAAUAGAAAUAUUGGAUGCAUUAAAUUGGCAUUUAUACAUAUACAAAUUUAUUAAAUGCAUAUAGUAUUAAAUAUUUCAUCUGAAUCACACUUAUACUUUUUCAAAGUUCAAUUUGUGAAAUCUUGCAUAUAAUUAAAAGUAAUUAAUUGGUUGACUGAAAUAUUUAUGAUGUUAUUAGAGACCUAUAGAAUAAAUAUUUCAUGGAUAUGCCUUUCUAUGUUGUACAAAGAUAUUCUGCGGUGCUAGUAUCAUGUACUUAAUAUGUUAAGAGAGACAGAAAAGUUGAAAAUGCUUCCAAGGUAAUUGAAAAAUAUUUAAUGAAAUCUUAGAAUGCUAAUAUCAAUACUUGUUUAUAGUAACCGUAACUUACUUAUACCGAAUGUAAUAUUAGGCAGCUAUUAAUUAUCAAUUGUGUAAUGGCAUAUGAUUGCCAACAGUGCUAGUCUAAGCUAUAUUUAUUUUUUAUAUAUCAUAACUUCUUUAGCUUAAAAUAAAACAAAUCCAGUUUUAUAUUUCAUUAAAGAUCAUUUAUAUAUUAUAUGUUUUGUUAAUUAGACAACAUGUAUGAAGAAACAUUCAGAAUAACUAUAAAAAAAAUAUAACUUCAUAUAUAUAUUGCCAGUAAAUGUAUCCCCUAAUUGAUAUGUUAAAAAAUUUAAUUUAUACAGAUAAGAUGAUGAUUUUUAAUAAAUCGAAUCAUUUCUUUACUUAAACAAUUUAGUAUGACCAAAUAUUGUUAUUCUAAACAUGUUUCUUUUAAUAUGAACUUAAAUUGUAAAUAUUUUCUUGUUGAAGUUACACUAAAACUGCAUGCUACUUAUAAAUAGUAAUUUGUACAAUAACACCUAUGACCAAGAUAAUAAUUAUGAGAUGAGUGUGCUUUUAAUGUACACGAAGUGUUUGCUGUGGUAUUUUCUCCAUUAUUUGUAUGUUUAUUUGUUGCAAAAUAUAUUAAGCAAUUUUAUUAUCCUCAAUUAUAUUUGAAGAUAACUAAUAUUGUGGAGUUUAUCGCAAUUUUAUCACAAUUUUUAAUUAUUCGAUAUUCAUUUGUGAAAUUAAUUUUUUGUCAGUAUUUUUUUUGUAAUAUAUAGACUUAGAGGACGUAGAAUGUACUGCAACUCGUAAAUCCGUAAUUACUGAUGAUUUAUUUAAAUUUUAAAUUACUCUGUAGUUGUAAGAAUAUACUAAUAAGCUAAGUGCAAUGUGUUCCACGUGUAUUUAAGUAACAAGUGACUGCUUUGGUGUGCGCCUUAAAAAGUAAUGUAAUGCAGAACCCAAAGCUUGAGAAACGAAUCUUUUAUGUAAUAUAACUCUAAUAACAAUUGUACGAAGAUGGUAGGAAUUUUAAAGAAUUUUCUGCGAUGAAAAUAGUUUGCCAAACAAAGAUAUUGGGCACUGCAUGAUCACUAAUAUUUAUGAGAAACUCUAAAAAUCAGAAUGAUAUAUGAGAAAAAGAAACAUUUAUCCGAUUUAUUAUACAAAAUUACAAAACAAAAAAAAUGUGAUUUCGUUGAAGAAAUGCAAUAAGAUAUAUUGUCUUCAAUUUUUUACUCAACAAAUUUAAAUGUAAUAAAGCAUACGAAAAUUGAAUGGGAAAUGUAUUGAUGCGGUGUCUGAUUUGCACUAAAAAUUCAUGUAUUUUUCCAAGCAUUGUACAUUAUUCUAUAAAUAUUAAUUAUAUAAAUUAUAAAUAGUAACCGGAGUAUAUAUAUUACAUUAAGUACUAUAAUUAUUGUAACAUUAAAGCAUCACAAAUUGUAGGUGAUGCCUUAUUAUUAUUAAUAAUAAAUCAUUUAAAAUAAAAUAAAAUUCCUUGUA